GAGAGAGAGAGAGAGAGAGAUUGUAGGUGCUUUCACACUACAUUCAGUCUUCUUGUGUCAAAGAUGCAGGUUGUUAGUGGAGGAAAAUCUCUCUGGAUGUACACUCUGUUAUUCACUUCUCUACAACUUUGGGGAAGACCUUUAGCUUCCACUUCCUCUCCUCCUCUGCCUGCACCUAAACUUGACAUCUAUUCGAGGUCAAAAAGCUCAGUGGUUCUGGUGUGCCGGGCCCCAGAGGGCUACCAAGGACUUCAUUUCAUGUUGUACCAAACUACAGAAAAGGUGGACUCUAAGGAGUUGCAGUCUGGUGCUGAAGAGGUUGCGUUCACUGUGAGGGUAAAGGAAGGGGAUUCAGUCCAACUCUUCUGCUGUCUGUACAAGGACCAGGAUGGUCAUUACAGUGUGUUCAGUCCCUAUUUGCAGCUUGAGCACAUAAGAGAUGCGUUGCCAGUUCCCACCCUUGUCAUCCAGCAGCAGACGGACGUGUGGCAUUUGCUCUGCACAGGCUCUGCUGCUUACCCCGGUGCUGUGUUCUUCCUUUACCUGGCUGACAUUGAACUUCCUGUUGCCACUCACCGUGCCACCUUGCUCCACCAUCAGGCCAUCUUCCCAGUGCCUGUCCAGGACACUCCAGUGGCUAUUUACCAGUGCCAGUACAAUGUCCUCCUGGGAAGGAAAUGGAGAAGCUCUGAACGCAGCCUCUCAUUGUCUGUGACCAAAGGAAUUCCUCCUCCGUCAUCAACAGAUUUGUCCGGUGUGGACUGGCCUCUCGUAUUGGGCUCUUUCUCUGUUGUGGUAUUGAUCAUCUGCUCAGUGUCACUUGUGGUUGUGGUGGCACACAGGAAAGUUAAAGCAGCAGCUGAGAAAAAGAAGAAAAGACAGGAAGCCCAGUUCUGGACUCAAGUUCAUGCUAAGGACCAUGUUGUUGACCUUACACUAAGGCGUACAAGCUUCCCCUCUCAGGAAUGGGCCAGUGUGGACACAUCUACAGAGACAGCCUACGGAUCACCUUCAUUGAACUCACUUUCCACAUUCACAACCCCGAUCCCUCCAAUCCAUUAGAAAUUAUUGUUUUAUCUCCUUCUCUCUCUCUCUCUCUCUCUCUCUCUGUGUUUAUACUUUAUUUGAGUAGUUUAUCAAUGUAGCAUCAGUUGGAGUUACACAGUCAGACAGGAAGGGCUAUUUCCUCAGUUCCUAUUUCAUGUGUGGCAGUAAAAUUUUACAAUUUGACAGGAUAUGAUGUUUGUUUGAUCUUACAUGUUGAGCCAGUGGAUCUAUAUACAGAUUUUUAUUAUUAUUAA